UGGGAGUUUGUGGGGCUCAGUACAUUGGGGUGCCCCUUCCCUGUGUGAGGAUCAGGAAUAGCAGCUGUGUCCGUGGCCCCCUUGGGAAGGGUGAUUUCUGCCCCCAUUGCCUCUCCCAAGCCCCAGUGCAGGGAGCAUGGUGCUGCUGUCUGGGGAUGGGACAGGGGCUGGGGACUCGCAGGGCUCUGUGGGAAGUCAGAAGGGAGAGCAGCAGAAGGUCCAGCCUGAUCCAGGGGGGGAGAAGAAGCCACAGGGCCUGGAGGGGGAGCAGCAGGUGCAGAUGGUGGCAGCAGAGGAAGAAGAAGACUAUGAGGAGUACGAGGAUUUCUCUGAGCUGCCCGACACCCGCAGCAUCGCUUCGGAUGACUCCUUCUACCCACCCAGUGGCGAGGAGGAUGAGGAGGAGAGCUGGUCUCUGGGGGAGUCAGAGGACAGCAGCCCUGAGCCCCUGAGCCUCUUCCGAGCCUGCUGCACCAACAACGCCGUGGUGCUGAGAGCGUUGAUCCGCCAGGGGCCCGAGGAGGAGGAGGUGCAGGAGACUGACCGCAACAACCGGACUGGCCUUAUUGUUGCCUGUUACCAAGGUUUUGUGGAUAUUAUAAUAGCCUUAGCACAGUGCCCUCAUGUUGAUGUAAACUGGCAGGACAAUGAAGGGAAUACAGCUCUAAUUACAGCUUCACAGGCAGGACAUAUCACCAUUACAAACUACUUGUUGAACUAUUUUCCUGGUCUUGAUAUUGAGAAGAGGAAUGUAUUUGGAUACACAGCACUGAUGAAAUCUGCAAUGCAAGGCCGAACUGAAUGUGUCAGAGCCUUAAUGUUGGCAGGGGCAGAUGUUCACGCGACUGAUCCAAACCGUGGAAUGACACCACGGGAAUGGGCUUUUUACACGGGCAGAACAGAAGCAGCCUUUCUCAUGCAGAGGCUGAUGGACAGGCCGUGCGCUGAGCAGUUCUGCGACCAGUAUACGUUAGAAUGGCCAAAGAUGAAGGAACUUGUUGCCAAGGCCGCAGAGCCAAAAAGCUGUUGGCAGAGGAUCUUGGAGGGUGUGAGGUCGGCAAUGUCAUUCAGGAAUUCCUGUGGCCCUGAAGAAGAUGGGGUCCUUGACCACAUGGUUAGGAUGACUACAAGUUUAAGCAGCCCCUUUAUUGCCAUAUCGUGCAGGACUGUGUGCCCAGGGAGCCCACCGGGUGUGGGGAAACGCAGACUGGCUGUGCAGGAAAUCCUUAGGAAGCAGAGAGCCCAGGAAAUCAGAUCUCAGGACAAAGACCAUGUUAACAGUUAUGAGAAAUUAUUUCAGAACUCCAGAGUCAUGUUGAUCCCCAAAAAGAAAGACCGGCGGGCUAGUCUGCAGCCCUUCAGCCUCACGGUAGCUCACAUGAACACUGUGGUCACAAGGAAAGCAAGCCUCCUGCCACUGCACCUACUGAGAAGGAGCAGCGUGAGGCCAGGAUUUGUCAUCCCCAAAGUCCGUGUCAACAAAGCUCCUCCACCCACCUACCAACCAGAGAAAGUGAGGAGGAAGAGCAGUGCCAAAGAUGGCACUUAUCUGCAGAUUCCCAAAUGGAGAUACAAAGAGCUGAAGGAGGAGCGGAAAAAGGCAGAGGAACAAGAGAAGAGGAAAGCAACAGAGGCUCAGAAACUGAGGCGGGGGUCUCCGCAGAACAACAGGACUUGAUCCAGUGGGGGGAUGAUGUCAGAUUGUGCACAUCAAAAGGGCUUCUAAACUGAAUAAUGGCCUUGUGGUGCUGAAAAAACACAUAGGCUGUCACUGGCUGUAUCUGGAGAAGUGUGAGGCUAUCUUGAGGGUGAAGUGAAAAAAUAAUGCUUUGUUUGCCCACUGACAGAAAACGGUGGUGGUGUUUUUUCCCUGUCCAAGAUUAACAGCCAAGAAACAGCUAUCACUGCCUAUAGGCAUGAAAGGAUCGUGUUUUGUGGUAAUUUUAUACUGGAUAAAAUUAAGGGCUUCUGCUUUUGAUACUGGUCACUCUCCCUUCCUCUUCUGUAGGACCAUAUGAAUUGCAAUGCAUUGUAAUAAUAAUGAAAACCACUGGGAGUUUUAAGUAGGCCACAAUCUCGGUACAGUAGGAGGAGGGUAAUGAAUCCUGAGCUAUAUAUAAUGCAGAUCAUUUUGAAUAUAGUAAGAACUUUAUGAUUAACAUUUUAAUUAUGAAAACCAGAGUUUAAGACAUCAAAGGUAUCAAACAUGUACUGUCUGAAUGAAUGUGAUUCUUAACACUUGGUUUUAUUAUUUGAAGAUAAAAAAAUGGCUGUGUAUCCAAUAUAUACAUUGUCUCAGCAGCUAAGGUGAUCAGAUCCCCACUUGAUGUAAAUCAAUAUGGCUCCAUAAACUUCAAUGGAGCUACACCUUUUUACAUCAGCUGCAGAUUUGCUACAAUUUUGUAUUAUUAUGGUCAACUUUAAGAUUUGCUUCCUCACUUACAGAUUUUCCUUCACUUGCUAUUGGUUUUCUUCUCUUUAGACUCAGGGAAUGUGCUACACCAUCUUGUAUCAUUGCAAUUACCUACAAAAUCAUCAGAUGUUUGAAAGGUGUGUUCACUAAAUCUAAGUUUGCCUCUUGGGGAUGGUCUAGCACAGUGGUCUCCAACCUUUUUACACCCAAGAUCACUUUUUAAGUCUCAGAACAGGUGAAG